UGCCACCAUAUACAAUUCAUUCUGCUCCCCCAAAAAUGCCCCCCAUCUAUCCCCACCACCACAACCACCUCCACCUCCACCUCCACCUCCACCUCCACCACCGCCACCACCACCGCCCAACCCUUUCGGCUCCAUAAAAAGACCAAAAGCUCCUUUCCCUCUCUCUCCAUCUCCGUCUCCUUCUCCAAUCUGAUUCAGAGCCAAUCGAUACAUACACACGAAUUUGAGAAUACAGAGUGUGCAUAUAUAACAGAGUGACAGAGAGGGAAGUAGCAGAUAAAAGAAGCCAUGGGUCUGCAGAGCCAAUUGAACGACGUCGCGUCCGACUCCAUCCCCUUGCUGCUCCUCUCCCUCAUCGCCGCCUGCUUCGGCCACCUCCGAUCCUCCCUCUCCGCCCUCCUCCACUCCCUAGGCCUCCCCCGUUCCUCCCAGCCCAUCCGCCUCGACGACCCCCUCCUCGCCUCCCGCGGCUCCUGCCUCGCCGGCCUCGUCGCCCUCACCGACCAGCUCAACCUCAACCGCGCCCUCUCCCACCGCUUCUCCUCCUCGUCCUCCUCCGCCGCCGCCGCCGCCACAUCAUCGUCGUCUCCCUCGGAUCAGCACCUCUGCAUCGUCUGCCUCAGCUCCCUCAGGGACGGGGACUACGUGCGCAGGCUCCCCUGCCGCCACGUGUUCCACAAGGCCUGCUUCGACGGCUGGCUCGACUGCCGGAACUACAGCUGCCCCCUCUGCCGGGCUCCCCUGGCUCCCCCCGAGCGCGUGGAUUGCACCGCCCCGCGCGUGGGUGCCGCGCUCGUCUCCUGGUUCUCACCGCGAUGAGGCGCGCGUGGCUUACCGCCUACCCGAAUCGGCAUAUCAUCGCCAUGAUGAUGAAUCGAUUAUGAACAUACGAUGAUCGAUCAUGGAUCGGAAUUUCCUUUUUUACCCUUAUCUUCCUCUCCUUUGCUUGGAGCUUCAGAGAUGGGUCUUUUGGGCAAUUUUGACCAUGCACUUUUUAUUUUUCCUUUUUGAAGGGCCUUGAGAGGAUGAGGAGCUCUUUUUUUACCUUCUUUUCUUUUACCACUGCUGUAAAUGAAGUUUCUAGAUAGUUUUGCAGUGAUCAAUAUUAUUAUUAGUAUUAUUAUUAUUAUCAUCA